CAGUGAGGCUCGGCACGGCGAUGGCGGCGUGCUCGGCGCAGACAGAGCUGUGACCUGGCCCUGCUCGCAGCCGAUGAGCCUGCCCACCAUGGCGAGCCCCACUCUGAGCCCCGACUCCUCAUCCCAGGAGGCCCUGUCGGCCCCCACUUGCUCCCCCACUUCAGACUCUGAAAACCUCAGCCCCGAUGAGCUGGAGCUGCUGGCCAAGCUGGAGGAGCAGAACCGGCUCCUGGAAGCCGACUCCAAGUCCAUGCGCUCCAUGAACGGCUCGCGGCGGAACAGCGGCUCCUCGCUGGUGUCCAGCUCCUCGGCCUCCUCCAACCUGAGCCACCUGGAGGAGGACACUUGGAUCCUGUGGGGCCGGAUCGCCAACGAGUGGGAGGAGUGGCGACGCAGGAAAGAGAAGCUGCUGAAGGAGCUGAUCCGCAAGGGCAUCCCGCACCACUUCCGGGCCAUCGUGUGGCAGCUCCUGUGCAGCGCCACAGACAUGCCGGUCAAGAACCAGUACUCGGAGCUGCUCAAGAUGUCCUCGCCAUGCGAGAAGCUGAUCCGCAGGGACAUUGCCCGCACCUACCCAGAGCACGAGUUCUUCAAGGGCCAGGAUAGCCUGGGCCAGGAGGUCCUCUUCAACGUCAUGAAGGCGUACUCCCUGGUGGACAGGGAGGUGGGCUACUGCCAGGGCAGCGCCUUCAUCGUGGGCCUGCUCCUCAUGCAGAUGCCCGAGGAAGAAGCCUUCUGUGUGUUCGUGCGGCUGAUGCAGGAGUACCGCCUGCGGGAGCUCUUCAAGCCCAGCAUGGCGGAGCUGGGGCUGUGCAUCUACCAGUUCGAGUACCUGCUCCAGGAGCAGCUCCCGGAUCUGAACACCCACUUCCGCUCCCAGAGCUUCCACACGUCCAUGUACGCCUCGUCCUGGUUUCUCACACUCUUCCUGACUACCUUCCCGCUCCCCGUUGCCACCCGUGUCUUUGACAUCUUCAUGUACGAGGGCCUGGAGAUUGUGUUCCGGGUGGGCCUCGCCCUGCUGCAGGUGAACCAGACAGAGCUGAUGCAGCUGGACAUGGAGGGGAUGUCCCAGUACUUCCAGAGGGUGAUCCCCCACCAGUUCGACAGCUGCCCGGACAAGCUGGUCCUCAAGGCUUACCAGGUCAAGUACAACCCCAAGAAGAUGAAGAGGCUGGAGAAGGAGUACGCAGCCAUGAAGAGCAAGGAGAUGGAGGAGCAGAUCGAGAUCAAAAGGCUUCGGACGGAGAACCGGCUCCUGAAACAACGGAUCGAGACCCUGGAAAAGGGGCAGGUGACGCGGGCGCAGGAGGCCGAGGAGAACUACGUCAUCAAGCGGGAGCUGGCAGUGGUGCGGCAGCAGUGCAGCUCGGCGGCCGAGGACCUGCAGAAGGCCCAGAGCACCAUCCGGCAGCUCCAGGAGCAGCAGCGGCAGCCUGGGGCCCAGCACAGCCUUCUGCCUGCCCCCCAGGACAACCCGCGCCUCACUGAGGACUUCGUGGCCCACCUGGAGACCGAGCUGGAGCAGUCGAGGCUGCGGGAGACGGAGACGCUGGGGGCUCUGCGUGAGAUGCAGGACAAGGUUCUGGACAUGGAGAAGAGGAACAGCUCGCUGCCGGACGAGAACAACGUGGCGCGGCUGCAGGAGGAGCUGAAGGCGGUCAAGGUGCGGGAGGGCGAGGCCGUGGCCUCGGCGCGGGAGCUGAAGCUGCAGCUGCAGGAGCUCUCGGACACCUGGCAGGUGAGGGCCCCAGCCCGGCGCGCACGGAGCGGCCCGCGCGGCCCUCGCGGCUGCAGACGGACCGCCCCCCUCUCCCCGCAGGCCCACCUGUCCCGCGGCGGCCGCUGGAAGGAGUCCCCCCGGAAGCUGGUCCUGGGCGAGCUGCAGGACGAGCUGAUGAGCGUGCGCCUGCGCGAGGCCCAGGCCCUGGCCGAGGGUCGCGAGCUGCGGCAGCGCGUGGUGGAACUCGAGACGCAGGACCACAUCCACCGCAACCUGCUGAACCGCGUGGAGGCGGAGCGCGCGGCGCUGCAGGAGAAGCUGCAGUACCUGGCGGCGCAGAACAAGGGGCUGCAGACGCAGCUCAGCGAGAGCCGCCGCAAGCAGGCCGAGGCCGAGUGCAAGAGCAAGGAGGAGGUGAUGGCCGUGCGCCUGCGGGAGGCGGACAGCAUGGCGGCGGUGGCCGAGAUGCGCCAGCGCAUCGCCGAGCUGGAGAUCCAGAGGGAGGAGGGCCGCAUCCAGGGCCAACUGAACCACUCGGACUCGUCGCAGUACAUCCGCGAACUCAAGGACCAGAUCGAGGAGCUGAAGGCGGAGGUGCGGCUGCUGAAGGGCCCGCCGCCCUUCGAGGACCCGCUGGCCUUCGACGGGCUGGGCCUGGCGCGGCACCUGGAUGAGGACUCGCUGCCGUCGUCGGACGAGGAGCUGCUCGGGGUGGGCGUGGGCGUGGGCGUGGGCGUGGGCGUGGGCGCGGCGCUGCAGGACGCGCUCUACCCGCUGUCCCCGCGCGACGCGCGCUUCUUUCGUCGACUGGAGCGGCCGGCCAAGGACAGCGAGGGCAGCUCAGACAGCGACGCGGAUGAGCUGACCGCGCCCUACAGCCAGGGCCUGGACAACUGAGGCCAUCCGUGCUCUGCGUGCUGGAGCCAGGGGGGCCCCCACCUGAUGAACUCCACGCCCUCCGUGGUCCCACCCACCCGAGGGCUCGGCCCAGAGCAGCGGGGCGCAGAGGGUAGGGCCGCGGUCUGAGGAUCCUCAGGGUCCCCCCAGCAGGCCUACUCUCCCCAGCAGUGUUUACCCAUCUUGGUCUGUACCCGUCCAGCCCGGCUCCCUGGAGGGUCUGCCCCUCUUAACAGCCAGGGCAGGGAAUGACCCAGAGGUCCCAGGACUGGAUGAGCAGGAAGCUCCCUCCUCCCAGCAGUCUCUCUUCUGGGACAAGGGUGGCCCUGCUGGGAAGGGCCCUGGAGCUAAAGGAGGCCUAAGGAAGAAGGGGCUGCUCUGGGCUGGACGUCACCACCCAGUGAUGCCCCUGGGGACCGUUGGCGGCUGGGCACAGAUGGCCAGGCUGGGCUUUCCUGACUGGUGCGGGCAUCAUGGCCCCUGCAGCAGAAACCAAAGUCCCCCCUACUGUACGCAGGGCCAGCCGGGGUGCGAGUGGACAGCAGGAACCAGCCCAGACCUGGGCAGUGUCUGUCCCUGCUUCUUGGGGGCCAGAGCAGCUGCAAGGAAGUGAAGAGACCCCCUUUCCCCAGCACCCCACAUCUUCCUUUUGGGACACUCCCAUCACCUUGUCUUGGCCAAUGAUGGAGGGGCUCCCCCACCCAAGCUAGCCUGCUCUCCAAGUGGUUCCCAGCCUCCCCAUCCCUUCUACCUUUCCGGUGUCCCCAGCCUCACCCUUUGGCCAAGGCCAGGCCCCAGGGGGAGGAGCCUUUCCAGCGGCGUUACCUCCCCUCGGCUGCUCACGGUGGUCCCGUGGUCUCUGCAGAGUCAGAGCCGAGAACGGUGCCAAAGUCCAACGAUACCCCCAGCCCCUUGCCCCCAGGGCCUUGUGACCUUCGGGCCUGACCCUGUCGGUGCUCCUGGAGCCUGGAGCAGCGUCAAAAGCAAUCUCCCUGGCGCUUCCUGGGGUGGGGAUCCAUGCCCAGUUACCCCUUUCCGGUCGCCCGCUCCUCAGUGUUAACAAAGCCCGGGGACCAGGAUGGGCAUCCGAGGGGCUCUCCAUGUGCCCCCCACACUGCCCACCACCAUUUUGCACACUGCCUGUUCACACUCCACAUGUCACCCAGGCGGGAAAGAUGGAAAAUAAAGUGUAUUUACACAGUCACAGACAAGGGCACAGCACGCCUGGGGGAACAGCGAGCAGCUGUGAGUCCCCAGCUCCUUGUCCCAAAAAGCGGUGCCAAGGGGACCAGACGGUCCUUGCCUAUGGGAGCCUCCCACGGUCUAAGGGAAUCAGAGGUAGGGGGCCCAGCAGGCCAGCAGGGAUACCAAAGAGGCUGCCCAGUCCGGGGGGGGGGGGGGCGGGCAGCAUGGGAGAGAAAAGGGCAGGCGCUGGUUCCAUGUGAACAAAAGGUUGGGGGUUGGGGAUCUGAUGGGGGGACAAGUCACAAAGGUCUUCAUAUGUCAGGCUGACACAUGGACUGUUACGGCAUGCCCAUUUUCAAAAGGGUGGCUCUGCAGAUGGUGGGAGUGAGGAGGUAUUGGGUGGGAGGCAUGAUUUUUCACCCGGGCAAGUUAGCCUGUGCCUCCCCUGAGAGACCUGGAGGAAUGUGGGGGCACAAGUCUUCAGGAAGAUGCGGGAUCUGGUUGGUGUUCAUUCUGCUCACACUUCCGGAGACCUUCGGGGUCCUCUGCCCUGCACCCGGCUGAGGAGUCCCCAGUGUAGUAGAGACAAUGGCGUGGGACUGGGAACUGAGCCUGCUGACUAGUGGGGUCAAAAGAACCAAGGAAGGCUUCCUGGAAGGUGGGGGUGGGAGGUGGAGUCCUCUCCAAAGACAAAAGCAGAGAGCAAGACUUGGCAGGUCAGCAGGAGGCGCAGGAUGCCAUUGAAGAAGGAAGUGGGCAGGGCCAGACUGAGAAUCGGUUUGGGAACCAGAAUUUGUCCUCUGAACUGAGGGCACCGGGGAGCCAUGGAGAGCUUAGGUGGAAGAGGGGGCACCAUCAGAUGGACCACAGUGUUGGGGGUUGGGAGGUCAGGACAGAACCCCAACAGCUGGGCAGUAGGGACAGUGAGUAGGGGCUCCCCUGAGGUAAGGAGGCCCAAAGAGGCAGAGCCCUUUGUGGGGUUCCCCAUGGAGCUGAGGCAGAGUUGGGGGUAUGAGUAGCAGGAGAGUCAGGGAUGGCAAAGGAAGGCUUCCCAGGAGGAGAAUCUUAGUUGGGUUCAGGCAGAUGCCAGCCAGGCCCUGCCCUCUGCACCCGAAGUGUCCCCACCCACAGUGGCCUGAUACCUGCCGGCAGCAAGGUUGGUUCUGCACCAGGACGGCCAAGUCCCACGCACUGACCCACUGCCCAGCCAUGGUGUGUGUCCCCACACCAUUCCCAUCAUACAGAUUGAACACUGAGAGCCCCAACAGUUGCUGUCUCUUCUGCUCCCACGGGUAAUUCUACCCCAGCUGGCUCCCCAGGAAGGGGCAGGGCCCCAGGGGGGAAUGUCUGAGGUUCUGCCCUGCUCCAUCUCAGGGGCUGGUCUUGAUGCCCUGGCUGCCCAGCACGUCAGGAUUCAGCCCCUACAUCUGGAAACAAGGACACCUGGGUCCUUGCAGGGCCCUCUGGUUUGCCAUUGAACUCCAAUCUUGAGUGAGGGAGCAGCCUGCCCCCCCCCCAUAUACAUUGGCCCCCAGGGGCAGAGGUGCACCGUCCCACUGGGAGAAGGUAGAUUUUGUACUAGGACUCCAGGGACUGGGUCUGGGGGCAGAGACCGGGCUGAGGGUCGAACAUGGUCCUGCUCUGUCCGUUUACCUGCCCCGUUUGUGGUCCCCACCAGGCCUGCAUCAUACUUGCCAUAACACAGGAGACCCUCAGGGAGAAAAGGCCCGGGGGCCGAAUUUUUGGCCCCACUACUUGGGAAGAAGGGCCUGGGUGGGGGUCGAGGAGUCCAGGGUCAGGGUGACUCAGCUACGAGAGGAAGGACAAGAAAUUCUGAUAGGGAGGCAGGUGAAAACAGACUGACUUUGUUGAGGACCCUUGCUGUGGGCACAGGCAAGGAUGCCUGGCUGGAGGGGCUUGAGGAGGGCAUCCUGAGAUGGAGGGAAAGGGGAGGCCCAUGCGUUGGGAGGCACAAAGGGGCGUGGUGAGAGCACGUGGGGAGGGAGAGGCAAUGUGAAGGUUUCUUGGUCUCCCACCCAGCCUUGGGGAGAGGCUGCUCCUUCCCCGCAGAACCCUCUCUGCACAGCGGGCUGGCAGGGGCAAGGAAUCCUCCGUGCCGCCUGACCCAGGAGGACCCUGUACUCUACACCAGGCCUUCUUAAGGGGUCCAGGGCCCACCUGCAGACCUACCUUCUGCGAUGGAACCUCCUCACUGAGCAGAGUGCAGUGCGCCCUGGAUUGGGUUGGGCUGGGAGAGCGCAGGAGAGCCAAGAUCGCCCUCAGGUCUUCAGCAACCCCUCCCUCCCUUGGGCACUCCCGGCGCGCACUGUGAGAAGGAGGCCUCAGGAAGGGACGCCUUGCCCUCGUCCCAGACCUGGAAGAGCCAUUCCCACGUUUUUCUCCUCUCGGCAAGAGAUGCCGGCUCCCUUAGGGGAGUGUAGGAAGAGUUUCGGUAGUUCAACCACGCCCGGCACGCAUCACUCAUGCACUGGAUCUCGCAGUAUCAAUGGGCCGCUUCUGCGCCUAAUGUUCCCACCGCAAAUCUCCCAGGAAAAAAGCCCAGGCCCACGCACGUGCGUGGGGGCGCCGCGCUGGACCGCGGGGACUCAGCAGCACCAGGUCCCAGCCCAGCCCUAACUCAGCGCCCGCGCCUUAACAGAGAAAAAGCACCACUGCGUUGUGUGCUAGAGACCUUCAGCCAGAGCUACUACCCGCUCGUGCCC